AAUCCCCUCCCCCAUGUCUCCCCGGUCUUCACAGGUUUGCACCAUCAUGUGUGCUGAGGCCGAAGCAUGCAUGUGCGAAUGAGGCUUCCUCCUGCUCCACCUCCUCCCCAUCUCCAUCGGCGGAAUCCUGCGUUCUGUAUCUCGCUGCCGAGGACCCGUCAGUGCAGCUGGGGCCGUGACAGCCAUAGCAGCUUCAGCAUCAUCCCCUCCGUCAGCCUCGGCAGCAUCCGUUUUCCUACAGCUUAGAGCUGCGCACCCAGCCUGUCUCUCAGCUCUCUUUCCUCCAGCAACCGCGUCUCGUACAAGCGGCCAGCAGCCCGGCACUCACAUCCAGGGCUAGUUUACCCGGCCGCAUCCUUAUGCCCCUUCUGCUUGGCAGGGCUUACCACCACAACAGUCCCCAUCUCUCGUCCUCCUCACAACCAUCCGCCUGUCGUCUAGCCAGUCAGGAAAAAGCUGGCAAGCUGUCUCUUUUUUCUGCACAGGUGUGUGUUGGCUGGGCAGGUGGUCUUCCACUAGCCCUUUGGAGGAUGAUCCUAUGGAUGAAGACGGAGGAGAUGGCCCUAGGGGAGCUUCUGGAGAGACUAAGGACAGUCACUCAAAGCAUAGAUGACAUCAUGCAGCUGGACAGCAGUCCCCUCCGUGCUGCUGACAUCAUGCCUGACCUCAGGAUGCAGUUUGCCUUCCUUUCAGGAGGUAGAGGAGAUACUGGCAGCCCCAUCAUUGUGUUCCCAGAAUUCCCUGCUUUUGGAGAGAUCACAGACGGAGUGUUUCACAACGUGCUGACCUACCUGACUAGUGUUCCGAGUUUGUCUUCGACUGGCGUGGGUUUCAUCCUGGUCAUCGAUCGACGGCAAGACCGAUGGGCGGCCGUCAAGGGGACCCUGCUUCGCAUCGCAGGCUCCUUCCCAGGGAACCUCCAGCUGGUUUUGGUCCUGAGGCCCACCACCCUCCUGCAGCGAACACUCUCCGACAUACUCUUCAAGUUUAACAAGGAUGAGUUCAAGAUGAAGGUGCCGGUGAUCAUGCUGAGCUCAAUAACUGAGCUCCACGCCUAUAUCGACCACUCCCAACUGACCAGGGAACUCGGAGGAACUCAGGAGUACUGCCACGAGAAGUGGAUCUCUCACCGCACUGCCAUUGAAGGCUUCGCGUUGAUGGUGAAGAAAGCCGCGCAGAUCCUGCAGUCGUUUGGGACCGUGCUGGCUGAAACGGAACUCCCCAACGAAAUCCAGGCCACAAGCAUCCUGCUGAGCACACACACCAACAAGAAGGACAAAAUGAAGGAGGAUCUGCUGGUAGCUCUGAAUCAGGGCAGCAGGCUGCUGGAGAGCAUCAACGAGCCGGUGGUGCGAGACCCCGAUUACAACAUGAACCAGGACGAGCUGGAGAAUCUGGCCACUGUGCAGAGACUGUUGUCCCAGCUAGACGAGACAGAAAGGGCCUUUGACGAGUUUUGGGUGAGGCAUCAAACCAAACUGCAGCAGUGUCUCCAACUGCGCCACUUUGAGCACAACUACAGAGAGGGGAGGGCUCUGCUGGAUCAGGUGUCUGAGAAGCUUGCAACCUUCUCUGAGGUGGGGAUCAGCCCAGCCCACGCGGACCACAUCUUUUGCGAACUCACGACCUACGAGGAGAGAGUCCGUGAGGUGCUGGACAGAGCCUCGUCGUUGGCCUGUGAUGGCGACGACCUGAUCCACAACUCCCACUAUGCCGAGGACUUCAUUCUGCCUAAAUGCACCGAGCUUAGAGCCGUCAGCGAGAAUGUGAGCAGUUGCCUGAGGACCAGGAAAGACCAUCUCCUCAAAGCCAUAGAGCUGCACCACUGUUUGGAGAGAGCUUCGAAAUGGGUCGAUGAGGGUAUAUACCUGCUGGCAUCUCAGCCAGUAGACAAGUGUCAAUCACACGAGGGGGCAGAGUUGGCCCUGAAUGAGCUGGAGCGCCACCUGGAUAAUGCGGCCCAGAACCAGCUGUCAGAACUCGGUACCAUCUGGAGGGAAUAUGAGACCGUGCUCAACCAGCAGUUCAGAGACCAGGUGGAAAAGGUUUUCCAGAAGCAGCUGUCUAUGCAGGAGAUGUUCGACAAGAGGAGGGUCAGCCUGAAGAAGCUUGCAGCCAAACAGACCAGGCCGGUGCAGCCGGUAGCCCCCAGACCGGAAGCCUUCAUCAAAUCCCCCCUGGGCUCGCCUGCGCACACAGGAGAGCAGGAGAGAAAGUGCUCAGAGGCAGACUCUGGGAACAGCUGUGAGGAGGGAAACGUGCAACUGCCGAAUGGAGACCGUAACAGCAGACACGCGUCUCUUUCAGAGGAGGAGGAGAACCUGGCAGUGCUCAGGAGGCAUGUUAUGAACGAGCUGUUGGAAACCGAGAGAGCCUACGUGGAAGAGCUGCUCUGUGUGCUGCAGGGAUAUGCCUCAGAGAUGGAUAAUGCGGCGAUGGCUCACCUCAUCCCCGCUCCUCUGCAGAAUAAGAAGGAGGUUCUGUUCGGCAACAUGUCAGAGAUCUACCACUUCCACGAGAGGACGUUUCUGAGGGAGUUGGAGCAGUACACUGACUGCCCAGAGUUGGUUGGAAGGUGUUUUCUAGAGAGGAUGACGGACCUGCAGAUUUAUGAGAAGUACUGUCACAACAAGCCUCGCUCUGAAAGCCUUUGGAGGCAGUGCUCAGACUGCGCCUUCUUCCAGGAGUGUCAGAAAAAGCUGGAGCAUAAGCUCGGCUUAGAUUCCUACCUUCUGAAGCCCGUUCAAAGGAUUACCAAAUAUCAGCUGCUACUGAAGGAAAUGUUGAAGUACAGCAAGAGCUGUGAGGGGGCGGAUGACCUGCAGGAUGCGCUGACCUCCAUCUUGGGCAUCCUCAAGGCCGUCAAUGACUCCAUGCACCUCAUCGCCAUUACAGGAUAUGAGGGUAAUAUGAGUGAACUGGGUAAGCUACUGAUGCAAGGGUCAUUCAGUGUGUGGACGGAACACAAGAAAGGUCAUGCCAAGGUCAAGGACCUGGCCCGUUUCAAGCCCAUGCAGAGGCACCUCUUCCUCCACGAGAAGACCCUGCUCUUCUGCAAGAGGAGGGAGGAGAACGGCGAAGGCUACGAGAAGGCUCCCUCGUACAGCUUCAAGCAAUCUCUGAAUAUGAGUGCUGUCGGCAUAACUGAGAACGCAAAGGGAGACAACAAGAAGUUUGAAAUCUGGUGCAACUCCAGAGAAGAGGUCUAUAUUGUUCAGGCACCAACAGCUGAAGUAAAAACCACCUGGGUGAACGAGAUCAGGAAGGUUCUGACCACCCAGCUGGAAGCCUGCAGAGCCAGUCAGCAGAAGGCACCUGAUCAGGUGGUCCAGCCUCCUUUUGUGUCCAGUGGAUCAGUAAGUCUCAGUCCCUUCAAGUCUGGUCAGAAGAGCUUUAAGAGGGGAGAGGAGAAGAAAGCUGAACCCUGCAGCCUUGAUGCCAAUUCCUGUUCUUCACCGAAGCCCACCGGACAAGACGAGGCUGUGACCAGCCUCUCCGCCGACAGAGCGGCUGUGGCUAAAAAGCGUUUUACUUUACAGGGCUUCAGUAACCUCAAAGCCCAGAAAGAGUCCUCCACUAAUGAUGAUAAGAGUUUAACAUUACCAUCCAUGAUGAUCCUCCUCUCAUCAGGAUGUCCCACGAGUCCCGAUCACAAGACGAAACGCCAGAGCGACCCCACGCCGUUCGGCUUCAAAGGCUGGAACAAGGCCUCGCUGUCGCUGGACGCCUCAGAGGAGCCUGAAGGCUAUUCCAGCGCUGAUGAUCCUCUUAAUUCGGACCCAGAGGACGAUGGCGGGAAGAAGCUGUGUGCCGGCAAAUACACGGUGACGGGCGACUGUGAGAAUGCGGACGCCCAAGAGCUCCGGGUGAAGAGUGGCGACGUUGUGCGGCUGGUCAAAGAGGGGGACGACGGGCACUGGUUUGUGCGUAACCUGAGCAGCUCUAAGGAGGGCUUGAUCGCAGCUGCGGAUCUCAUCACCCUCAUCGGGAAGUCCAAGUCCUGCCAGUCGCUCACCAGCUCAGAAGGCAGUGGCUCUGGAAACCUCAGCACAUCGUCCAGCUGCAGCGAGAACUAAAACGGCCUCCUUGACAUCAAUCCCUGAUCUCCUCGUCAUUACCGCCAUCGCCAAACUGCCCUCAUUAAUGCUAGCAUCGUGUUGCUAUCCGUACUGUCGCCAAACGUCGGUACUCUUGAGAAUUCUGUCAGGUUUUCACAAUAUUUCUCGCUGUAUUUUUUUUUUUUUUUUUUUGUCACUUGUGUGCACAUGUUAUGGACUUUAUUGUCGUGCGGUGACAAUGCAGAACGCCGGAUGGAUAAAUACAUCACAGAAUGUCAUUCCACGUCACUGUGAAGUGAUCUUCCUCUAACCAUACACUUCCCUGUACAUUCUUUUUUUAAGGAGGACCGUGGGUCUCUGUGUUUAAGAUGUAUGAAUGGGCCAGCGGGACUGAUCUUUGUUAAUGCAUCUACUUAUGUUCACAUUAAAAGUGCAGAAGAUUAGUGAUCUGGGGAUGUCGGUUGUCUCUCUGCUCACCGUCUGACUAGUUCACGCAGGCAGGCGGUUCAUAACUCUAGCGGCACUGUCCGUGAAACCGAGGGAGCGGGAUGAACAUGUACAGCUUGUUUUGGCUCUGAUGAAUGUUUUCUGAGAGCCUUCUUCUGCUUUUCCCUUUACGAGCUUAUUUAUUUGUAAGAAACAAAAGCUGUCAUAUAUAUUUAGUCACUUUUUUGUACUUAUUUUCUCCGUCUUCUUACGUCUGUUGUCAUUAGAAACUAGAAACAGCUGCCCCAGACGUUGAGGUUUGUCUUUUGGGGUCUCUGAGGGCCUCAUAGUAUAACUCUGUGAGUUUUCAUGUUCUCCAUUACUGUAUGGCGCUAACUUAUUCCCUGUGGAGGAUUAUGUUCUGAAUGUAGAUAUUAUUAUCAGUUUGUCAUGAAAUGUCUGUCUGAGAUGCUAUAUUGUACAUUAAGUAUGGUGCCGUCACUUUGUUUUUUUACAUAAACAACUUCAAUUGAA